GGGGUCGGGGGUGAGGAGGCGCCGCGGGGCCAGGAAGCCGGGCUCGCGCGUGCGGAUGCCCGGCGGCCUGAGGGAGCCCCGCGGACGGCUGCGCCCGGCGGGGAGCGCGGGGGGCACGGGGGGCGCGGGGGGCGCGGCUGUGCGCAGGCGCCGGGCGGGGGCCCGAGAAGCCGCGGCUCCGCACGCGCCGACCCCUGAGGCGCGGGGGCCGCUGCCGAGGUGCGCGGCCACUUGCCCGGCGACGCCGUCGCGCGCCGACCUCUCCCGGCGUCCCCGCGCUGACGCCCCGGGCCCCCGGGCCCCCGGGCCCAGGUCGUGGGGGCCCGAGCGAGCGACCUUGCCGGGUGUGAUGUGGGCGCCCUGGCCCGUGGCCGUCGCCGCGGGAUCCCAGGCCGCUGGCGCGGAGCCUCGGCCUGACGCGUGCUGAGAAGGGAGAUGAAGGAAUAGACGACCGGAGUGAGGUGGCUUUCCCCGUCACCCUGGCGUCCGAUUGUCCUGGGGACACGGCGUGAGAAGGAAGAAUGGUAUACAAAUGAAAAAAGUAUCAACCUAUAUGAUUUGAAUAUGGCAAGACAAGAAUAAGUGCUGCUUUCACGAUUGCUUGAAUUCAGGACUUUACACUGGAAGGAAAGUUAGCUGUAAGCUCUAAUUUCUUAGUUCUAAUAAGCAUCUCUCCUUGGGAACCGGACAUUUAAAAAAAAAGGAGUCCUUUGAAGAAUGUACUUCUUAAAUCAACCCCAGCUUCUCCUCCAUACAAAGAACUCUUACUGAUACUAGCAGAAAAGAAGCAAAUUAAACUAAAAGCUCACCUGCAAAACUAAAAGCUCACUUGCAAAUCAGAAGAACAAAGAAAUGGAGUUUUGAGGAGUGAAGGUAGCAUGGCGUCGGCCAUGGGUGAUCAAGACACAGCCAGACAAUGUGGAUCAGUUUCUUCAAACUACGGCUUUUCUGCUGUCUGCUUGCAGUGUUGAUGGUGGUGGUGCUGGUCAUCAAUGUUACUCAGGUUGAGUACUUGGACCAUGAGACUGUUGCAGCCACAUUCAUCGAUAGUAGCGGACAGUUUGUUUCCUCCCAGAUGACAGGAAUUAGCCGGAAUCCUUACUGUGGCUACGAGCAUCAGACUCUGUCCAGUCGGGAGCGCAUGGAGGAGGACUCCUUGCUGGCUGCCUUACAGUGGCAGGUGCCUGAUGUGGGUCCAGUCCCCUUUUUAAAGAGCACUGACCCUUCUUCCAGCUACUUUGUUAUCUUGAACUCUGCAGCCUUCUUCAAGGUGGGAAGCCAACUAGAAGUGCUGGUUCAUGUACAGGAUUUUCAAAGAAAGCCCAAGAAAUAUGGUGGAGACUACCUGCAGGCCAGAAUCCACUCCCCUAAGCUGCAGGCAGGGGCUGUGGGCAGAGUGGUAGACUACCAGAAUGGGUUUUACAAGGUCUUUUUUACUUUGCUCUGGCCAGGCAAAGUUAAAGUGUCCAUAUCUCUGGUCCACCCGACUGAAGGGAUCAGAGUUCUUCAGCACCUACAGGAAGAGAAGCCACACAGGGUCUAUUUCAAGAGUCUCUUUCGUUCAGGAAGAAUUUCUGAAACCACGGAGUGCAAUGUGUGUCUUCCUGGGAGUCUGCCCUUGUGUAACUUUACAGAUCUCUACACUGGAGAACCCUGGUUCUGCUUCAAACCAAAGAAGCUCCCUUGCAGCAGCAGAAUUAACCAUUUCAAAGGAGGAUACCUGAAGGGCCUUCUGACUACUGCAGAGAAUGCUUUCUUCCAGAGUGGUGUCAAUAUCAAAAUGCCAAUCAACUCCAGUGGACCUGAUUGGGUGACUGUGAUUCCCACGAGCAUCAAAGAAACGAAGAAUUCAGAACUAUCUCAAGGCUCAGGAAUUUUUCCUUCUGGGUAUUAUUAUAAAGAUCAAUGGAGGCCCAGAAAGUUUAAGAUGCGCCAGUUCAAUGACCCUGACAACAUUACAGAAUGCUUACAAAGAAAAGUGGUGUAUUUAUUUGGUGACUCAACAAUCAGGCAGUGGUUUGAAUACCUUACUGCCUUUGUUCCAGAUUUAGUGGAGUUUAACUUGGGUAGUCCCAAGAAUGUGGGUCCUUUCCUUGCGGUGGACCAGAAGCACAACAUCCUGCUCAAGUAUCGCUGCCAUGGUCCACCCAUCCGUUUUACAACUGUCUUUAGCAGUGAGCUCCGUUAUGUGGCAAAUGAGCUGAAUGGCAUCGUGGGAGGGAAGAACACGGUGGUUGCCAUAGCUAUAUGGUCUCAUUUCAGCACCUUCCCCUUGGAAGUGUAUAUCCGGCGGCUUAGGAAUAUCCGUCGAGCAGUGGUCCAGCUCCUGGAUCGAAGCCCUAAGACCGUGGUAGUCAUCCGAACAGCUAAUGCCCAAGAGCUGGGGCCUGAGGUGAGCCUUUUCAACAGUGACUGGUACAACUUUCAGCUGGACACUAUCCUUCGGAAGAUGUUCUCAGGGGUUGGAGUGUAUCUUGUUGAUGCCUGGGAGAUGACCUUGGCUCAUUAUUUACCCCACAAGCUACAUCCAGAUGAAGUUAUUGUGAAGAACCAGCUGGACAUGUUCUUGUCCUUUGUGUGCCCCUUGGAGACCUAGCCUGCCCUGGAGGGGGACUGGAGGAAUCACAUGACCUGCAUUACAGGAAGUUAAUGGCUGGUCCCAUGGAGAGAUGGCUGCUAUGGACAUGUACAAAAUUUCAAAAAGAACUGGACUUUAUGUAAGACUUACAAGGAGCUUGGAAAAUGCAGGUUGCACUUAUAUCUACCUAUAGGAUUUCUUCCAAUCUUUACAUAGCCAUGGGAGAACCAUUAUGAACAACAUCUACUCACUGUAUUGCCCUGGUAACCAAAGAUGCUAAUGAGUGGGUUUGAAUUAGCCUCUCCUGAGAGGGGAGAUUACUAUGCUAAAACAUGUGAAAAAUGUUCUGAACUAAAUGGUGGGUAGUGGAGUGUUUGCAGCUUAUCUGGUCAAGGAGAUUGAGCUUAUCUGUAUGAAUAGCACAGUUGGUCCAUCUUGAGUGGGAUGAACUCCUGAGGCUUAUGGUUGGUGGCUCCUGUAGCACGCUGAAAAUUGCUGUGUCUCAGGAGUUUCUCUUGAUGAUUCACCUUUUCUGAAGUGCUCAAAAAGGCCAGUAUCCUUGAUUAGAAUUUUCUUGUGAGAAUAUAUUUACGACAUCCUGCUUUUAUCUAGAAGAGAAGCAAAAGGAAAAUAUGAAAGCAGUACACAAAAUCUGUGUGUUGAAUUGAUACCUGCCCUGGGUGAUUGUUACUUAUUUCACCUACAUUUUACAUGAUGAAUACUUUAGAAUAACCACUUUUGGAGCUGGAAGGGGGAAUCUAUAAAUGGAAAUUUAUUUUUGUGUUUUGAAGUUUGAGGGUUUUAAGAACUGACUGUUAUGUAAACAAUACUGAUGUUUACGUACAUCAAUUUCAAGUGUUUCUUUUUUUGGUUGUUAUUUUGAAUUGCAUACCAACAUUAGAAAUUGAAAUCUAAAUCUAAUUAGAAAUUAAAGUUAUAUAUUGAGAUCUAGAACAGGUAUUUAUUAAGGUACACGCAUUCUUUCAUGCUUGGAAAUAAAAAACUAUUCCUACUGGCUAUCUUAAAAUAAUUGAAUGAUCAAUUUUACUUGACUAUCUUUACCUUACUAAUUUUAAAUGAGUUUAGGUUAACUUGGGGCCAUUUAGAAGUAUAAGUACUCUUCUCUUUUUUAGCCACAAGGUUAACAGUCUAGUUUUAGUUUCCCCUAAAUGGACAAAUAAAGAGACUGGGAAGGUUUUAGAGAUGAAGAUGGGAUACUUAGAGCAUGAAAACAUACAGUCUUAGGAGAGUGGGCCAAAGAAUUUGGAGUUUUAACUUAGAACGGAGAGUGUAAGAUCUUCCUUUCUUAGCUUUGGGCCAUCUUCAGAUGUAUAAAAUACAUAUAAGGGGUACAAGAUUUCUUAUUAUUUUCUGAGUCUAAAGAGGAACAAGUAGUUAAAAUAUUAAGAUAGCCUCAUUUUAAUGGUCUUUAAGCUUUAGUGUCUGAGAAUCACCUAGAAUACUUGAUAAAAAUACAGAAUUAGGGGUCAUGCCUCCACGAAUUGUGGAAUCAACCUUCAUUACAAGUGUCCAGUGAUUCUGAUGCAAUGGUAGUGUUCUAUACUUUGAGAAAUACAACUAAGGGAAGAAGGAAGAUAGAACUAAGAAAAUAAUAAUGCUUGUCUUUUAUUUCUGGAGCUUAAUCCCUAAUAUUUAAUUCUGAUCACGACCUAAUGUAGGUAAUAUUAGCUAGCUACAUUUUAUAGAUGAGGAAAUCGAGUUUGAAUUUGAACCAAGGUAUGUGAGAGUACAUAGCCCUUUAUAACUACAACUUGUUAGACUUUUGUGAAGAGAGAUUUUCUUUUUCAUGAAAGGACUUUCUGAGCAUUUUCUCAAAGAUUGCUAGAGGAGGCUGGGGCAUCAUCUUCUCAGGAGAAUUUCAGUUUCCACUACCUUUCCAGGGCUUUGGACUGAUGCUUCUUGUUUGUACAGAUGAUUUUUUGUGAUCUUAUCCAGUUGCUGUUACUUUUUGAUGCAGUUACAUAAGGCCCUAAAGAUUUGAUGACAUAGUUUCUUGAAGUAUUCUAUUUCACUUUGUUCCUUUUCUAAUUUGCUCGUCUUUCUUUCUUUCUUUCUUUCUUUCUUUCUUUCUUUCUUUCUUUCUUUCUCUUCUUUCUGAGAGAGAGAAGCGUGCGAAUCGGGGGAGGAGCAGAGAAAGGAAGAGAGACUCUUAACCAGGCUCCAUGCCAAGUGCAGACCGUGAUGUGGGGCUCAAUCUCAUGACCCUGAGAUCAUGACCUGAGCCAAAAUCAAAAGUCAGAUACUUAUGCAGUGCUUAGGUGUCUCAGUUGCUUAACUGUCUGACUCUUUGUGGGAUAGAGCCCAGCCUCAAGUUCCACACUCAGAGAGGAGUCUGCUUGAGAUUCUCUGUCCUCUCCCUCUGCCCAUCUCCCCACUCGUGCACUCUCUCUCUGAACUUAAUAAACAUAUCUUAAAAGAAAAAAGGAGUGUAAGAUGCUUUAACUGACUCUGCCACCUAGGCAUCCCUCUAACUUGUCUUUCUAUUCUCUGGUGUGGAAGUUUAAAAAAAAAUGCCAUUAUUAUUUUUUUUAAAGAUUUAUUUAGAGAGCGUGAAUAGGGGAGAAGGAGAAAGAAUCUCAAGCAGACUGUGCUGAGUGUGGAGUCCAUCACAGGGCUUGAUCUCACAACCGUGAGAUCAUGACUUGAGUGGAAAUCAAGAGUCCCAUGUUUAACCAGCUGAGUCACCCAGGCAUCCCCCCAAAAUGCCUUUAAGUGUAGAAUUUGGAAUAUUACCUAAAUCUUUCUCAGAACAAUAAGAUACAGUGUUUUAAUUUCUUCUGAAAAGGUUAUGUUAGGCCAGUAUCACAUAGUUUUGAAUAUUAGCAUGCCAGCCAAAUAAUAUACUUUGUUGUAUAUAUUUUCCAUUAUAAAUAUAAAGGGCAUUAUUAUUAUUUUUUAAGAUUUUUUUUUUUUUUAAUUUGAGAGAGAGCGAGAGAGAGAAAGCACAAGCAGAGGGAGGGACAGAGGGAGAGAGAAACAGAGUCCCUACUGAGCUUGGAGCCUGGGGUUAGACUCCCUCAUGACAUGAGCUGAAGGCAGAUACUUAAUCCACUGAGCCACUCAGGUGCCCAAGGGCAUCAUUAUUCUUAAAAACUGUAAAAUCUAGACAAAGAAAAUCUAUGGAUAGAAUCCAUAAUUCUAUCAUCUGAAUGUGGUAAGCAUUAGCAUCUUGAUAUGUUUUCUUCCAGGAUUUUUAAAAAACUAAAUAGCUAUAAUCACAGAUAAUAUAUAAUUUGUUCUGUGGUUCUUUAUUUAACAUACAUUUUUCAAGUUAGUCUUCAUAACUGAAUUAGAAAAGUCUGCCCACUAGCAGUUCAGUUAAUGCUAUUAUUAUUACUUAACUAAGUUGGUCAUUACAGUUGGACAUUUAGGUUUAUAAUAAAAUAUUGAAACAGUGGUUUAUACACAA